AUGGAAGAUCACCACCGCCACCAGCAACAGCAACAGCCCCAGCAGCAGCACUACCAGGCAGGCCUUGUCUACGGUCAACCCCCUCAGGGAUCUCAUGACGACCAGUCGAGAUACCAGGGUUACCAGCAGUCGUUUCAAGCACUUCCCGGGAUGAUGGCCCCACAAAGCCCUGCAGGAUCUUCGCCCACCUCGUCCCACUCCAGAUUGGCACACGACCAGGACCAGCAACAGCCUCAACACCAUGCAGGAGCAUUCCAGCCCGACCUGGGUGGUCAACCUGCUCAGCUGGUGGGCGGUGAAGGAGCCAUGGGUCACGCGCCUGCUGCUCCUGCCGACGAGGAGCCUCUCUAUGUCAACGCCAAGCAGUAUCAUCGUAUCUUGAAGCGCCGUGCUGCCCGUGCCAAGUUGGAGGAGUUGAACCGCAUGGCCAAGAUCCGCAAGCCAUACUUGCACGAAUCUCGUCAUAAGCACGCCAUGCGUCGCCCCCGUGGCCCAGGAGGUCGCUUCUUGACAUCGCAGGAGAUUGCAGAGAUGGACCGGCUUCAGGCAGAGUUUGAGGCACAGGGAGGAGUUGGACCCCUUGGUGGUGAUAUGCACUUGGCCCACCACCAACACACCCCACAGCAGCAACAGGCGUUCAUCCAGCAGCAGAUUCAAAUCCAGCGUCAACAAGCUCAACAACAACCGAAUCCUCAGCAGCCCCAGCAGCAACCCCAACAGCAACCUCAGCAGCAACCCCAGCAGCAGCAGCAGCAGCCACAACAACAGCAACCGCCACAUCACCCUCCUCAGCAGCAACAUCAUGGACAGAGUCCUCAGGAUGGACAGAUGACCAUGCCGCUCCAGCACCAUGUGGUUCCUCACCAGCCUGGGCAACUUGACCCUCAGCAGCAGCAGUACCAGAUGCAUGCAUCUGUUCUCCAGCAACAUCAUGAACUGCAGCAACACCACCAGCAUCAACAACACCACCAACAGCAUUUCCAUCCACAGGACCCUCAGCGGUAUCAGCCUGACGCAUACGGGACUCACCAACAACAUAACCUCUAUGCUGGGGGACCAACGGGGUUGUACGAUCCUAAUGUUGCAGUGACGGGUGGCGCUCCCACGAAUGGGAUCUUGAAGAUCGAAGCCCAGGACGAUCCAACCUUCUCGAACAACCUCCUCCACAGCGCCAAUGGCAGCCAUAACAGCAAUCAACAUAUUCCUUUGUCGACGAAUCCAAGCAACACCAAUGGCAAAGACAAUGAUGGUUCGGAUGGUUCUCAGGGCGGUAACGGGCAGACGCCACCCUCGAACGACAACAACCACACGAGUUGA